AGACAACCCUGUCCUACCGAAUUAAUUCCAUCGCUCCCAAAUCUCAGUGUAAGAAUACCGGUAUGUAAGGAGCGUGUCCUCCUCACUAACGAAUGACAAUCCUAACCUUUGACCUCUCAUCUCGAAUCACACCUCGAACCAUCGCCAGAAGAAAAAGCAAGAGGAAUAAUAACACAUACUAGCACCGAAUAGCCCCCUCCUACGCCGCUCCCAAACAAGUGGACCCCUUGCGGGCCUCGACCAACUUCAGAAAAAUGCAACAAUCUGGCUUUCGCUCCGCCCCAGUCUCGCAGGCUCUCCUCUACUUCAUAGUCGCCUCAUCUCUCCUAGCCUCAAUACUCGACAUCAAACAUUAUUUCCAUAUACAAAUAAUUCCUCAUCUGUGGGUUCACCGACAAGUUUGGCGAAUUUUCAUCUGGCAGGUCAGUACCAAUACACACCCCUCCCAAUAUCGCAGUUAGGAUUAUAACACCCAUGACUUUCCACCAGACAUGCUACGCAAACGCAGGCGAGCUGCUCUUUGGCGCUUUGGUGAUCUAUCAUCUUAGGGCUAUAGAGCGCCUAUUUGGAACCCGAAAAUACGCUUCUUUCCUCACUUACUGCUUCGUCGCCACAAAUAUUGCAGCACCGCUCUUGUUAGCUGCCGUAUUUCGCCCACUCACAUUCGGCCAAAUGAACUACCUACCACCCGGUCCAACUCCAAUUCUCUUUGCUGCCUUGGCCCAAUAUCACGCCGUGAUUCCCGGGGUUUACAAAUUUCGCCUGCUCACAUCUACCAACUCUGACGGAGAGGAGGGGCCAGGAAUUACUCUAUCCGAUAAAUUCUAUGUCUACCUACUGUCGACUCAACUCGCCUUGUGCCAGCCUCCGGGAUCUUUACUGUCGGUAGCUGUUGGGUGGAUCGUGGGAUAUGCCUGGAGGAUGGAUCUACUGCCUAGGUCGAAAUGGAGAAUUCCCAAAUGGCUAUUCAAAGAUAGCCAAGGUGCGGAGUUCGAGAAUCUUAGGAGAAGAUUGAGGGAAGGAGAGGGCGUGGCUGAUGCUAAUCAAGGCACCGGGCAGAGACCUCUUGUGCGGCAAAUUUUGGAUCAAUUCAGAGGUGCUUUCUAAAUGCUCCAUAAGAGAUUCUCCAGAAAUGUGCGGUACCUGUCCUGCUGUAUUAUACCGGGGUUGGCGCAGAACCGGACCCAUUAGAGUUCAUUCAUAGGAGUCUCAUGCAGGUUUUCUCCCUUUUUUUUCUCGUGUACGCAAACUCAUCGGACGCGAAUACCACUCAUAGUCUAGUCAUACCCGAGUACAUAAGUGUCAGUGUCAAUGGUUAAAUAGACUCUUUUUCC